GCACUGUUCAUGUUAAUUCUGCUGGUUGAUGUUCUGCUAACCUCAGGUUUUGUAAUUUAUAUUUUCAUUCACAUGCAGUGGCCAAAAGGUCAUCACUUUUCGAUGAUCCAAUUAAGGAAAUUCAAGAAUUAACUGCCUUGAUAAAAGAUGACAUAACAGCACUUAAUGUGGCAGUCUCCGAUUUGCAAACCCUGCAAAACCUGGAGUUAGCUGAUGGAAAUUAUUCAGAAGAUAGAGCUGUUCAUUCUACAACUGUUUGUGAUGAUUUGAAGAACAAACUUAUGGGGGCUACCAAACAGUUUCAGGAUGUACUGACCACUAGAACAGAGAAUAUCAAGGCUCACGAGAAUAGGAAACUGAUAUUUUCUACAAAUGUAGCAAGAGAGAAUCCUUUGAGCAAUCCUCCGAAAACUGUGACUGAACCACCUCCUUGGUCAAAUUCAUCUGGCAGUUUGCAACAGUCAGUGUCACCACCAGAUGGGGUUCAAGUAGGCAGCCAAUUGAGGUGUGUUCUCACAUCAUUAUUCUAAAUGCUAAAAUUGAGUUUGAUGUUCAUACUCUUCUAUCUAGCACUCUAGCUUGACCAUGUUGCUAGUGAAAUCUUUUAAGAUCUGAAAAA